AUGUCGACGUGUCAGCCGUUCGGCGCCGAUGCCGCGAAUUAUAGCGCAUCAGCCUAUACGUCGCCUCAGCUGAACACAACUCUGUUACUGUGGCACAACCUUGCCGAUCUUGUCACUCGUCAGCAACGUUGCCACAAACCGUGGCUCUGCAGCAAUCCGGGCAUCGGUACCACGGAGGGGGAUAUUCGGGACCGAAGAUAUCUCCAAUUCCUGCCGGCGGAGACUCUGCCAUCUCUCCCAACCCCGCGCCGUGCCCUUGCAUAUGCACUCCGCGCUACGCCGGCAACGCCGGCAACGCUCGUCCGGGGGCGCGAGUAUUCGUACGCGACCCUGAAGAUCAUCGAGCUCCAUGUGCGUCUGGCGGGCAAGGAGCUGUCAUCUAAACGACUCGCGCCAACAUCAAUGCAAACCCGUCCCAAAACAGUUCUUACCACUUUCACCCAUCGUAUUCCGGCAUUCGCGUUCGCACCCUCGCUCGUACCAAUGCUACACUCAACAGCGUCCUCUCGUAGAACAAGUAAGGCGAGACAUACAUCGGACCAUAAUCCGGGAGCCUCCAGAAGCCCGAAAUCCGCGCCCUCAUGGUCAGCGCCGUCAGAUGUGUGUGGCCAUGAAACGCGGCGUCCCACCAUCCCAAAUGCCGCUCUACGCUCAAGCCCCCAACAAACACGACUCCCCCGCCUCGACAUUUCGCUGUGCAACGUCACUGGGGAUCAUCGGAUGGGAAGCCGUACUGUUUCAAUUGGCUAG